UGGGUGAAUGAAGAGGUCUCGUUCUGUGAUCUCUCGGCUCGUCGCGCACGCUGCUGCGUCCCCCUCGCCGCCCCCAACCGAUGCAUCUCAUCUCGACGCCCUCCGCCUCUUCCGCCGUGCGCACCGCCGGGGCGCCCCCCUCGCCGCUGACGCGUUCCCGCCCCUCCUCUCCGCUUGCCGCUCCUUCCCCUCCCUCGGCCGCCAAGCCCACGCGCUCAUGGUCAAGUCCGCAGCCGACCUCGACCCCGUCCCCGCCACCGCCCUGCUCGACGUGUACUCCAGGUGCGGCCUCCUCCGCUACGCCCUCGACGUGUUCGACGGAAUGCCCGUCCGGGACUCGAUCGCGUGGAACGCCUUCAUCUCCUGCCUCGUCCGGCACGGCCUCCCCGCAGACGCCAUCUCGGCCUUCCGCGCCAUGGCGGUGGAUGGAGGGUCUCCGUUCACCGGCUUCACUUUGUGUUCUGUGCUGAAAGCCUGCGCGUCCAUGCGUGCGGUUCGGCUUGGCAAGCAGAUCCACGCUCGGGUGAUUGGCGACGGCAAUGACUCCCUCGUCAUGGCCACAGCGCUUAUCGACUUCUAUUCUGGUUGCGGAAUGAUUCAGGAGGCGUUCGACGUGUUCAACAGAUUGAAUCGCGAGAAAGAUGUCGCAAUCUACAACGCCUUAAUCAGCGCGUGCUUCCAGAACAGGCGAUUCAAGGAGGCCUUCUCGGUGUUAGGACUCGUGAGGCCCAACGAGAUCACCCUUACUUGUGCUCUUUCUGCAUGCUCGGACUGUUUGAGCUUGUCCUACGGAAAGCAAGUGCACUGUGUGAUGGUCCGCCAUGGAUUCGAUUCAGAUACGACCUUGUGUAACGCCAUCGUCGAUAUGUAUGCCAAGUGCGGGGAGCUAACAUCAGGGCGAAUAUCUUUUGAACAGAUUCAUCGCAAGAACGUUGUUUCUUGGACAACCAUGAUUUCGGCCUAUGGAAGCCAUGGGCGUGGUGUUGAAGCUUGGAAGUUGUUUAAGAGGAUGCAAGAAGAAGAAAUAAGCGGUCAUGUUUCACCAAAUGCUGUGACAUUCCUUUCGGUUCUCUCGGCCUGCAGCCAUUCGGGACUGGUGGAUGAGGGGCGAGAGUGCUUGUUUGCAAUGCAGAGCAAGCAUGGCAUAGAUCCUGGGCCUGAGCAUUAUGCUUGUUUCAUCUACCUGUUAAGUGGUGCAGGUAGGAUCGAGGAGGCAUGGAAAUUCUACUGUGAUCUAAUUUUGAAUCCAGAUAAUCUGACCAGUGCAGUCUGUAUAGCUAUGCUGAAUGCUUGCAAAGCCAACAUGGAUUUGAAGAGAGGUGAGCAGAUGGCAAGGCAUCUUCUUUCGCUGGAUCCUGAUAAUCCUGGAAGUUAUGUACUGCUGGCAAACUUUUAUGCAGCUUGUGGACAGUGGGAGGGGGCAGAGUACUUGAGAAGAAUGAUGAAGGACAGAGGGUUGAAGAAGGAGGCAGGUAACAGCCAGCUUGAGUUACCUGUUGCAAUUGAAAUCUGAUGCUGCCUGAGCUACUGAGUGGAAAUCAGGCGUCUGGAUGCUAAUUAGCUUGCUAUUAUGUCAUUGCAAGUGGAUUACAUACCCUUUUAGAGGUGAGCUUUAUGUUUGAAUUGCCAUCCUAACCUCAACCAAGCACCAUUUUUUGAGGUGAGAUUAAGAUGACCAGUGGUUUACUUACAAUGUGAAAGAAAGCUUUGAGAAGCGAACUGAAAAAGAAGCUUUGAGAAGUGAAGUGAAAAGUCUCUUUCUAAAUGGGCAAAUCCAGAGCACGAGGCUCCCUUUUCGAUGUGAUACCUGGCGAGAGUCAACAUAUGCAGCUUAGCUCUAUAUUUAGAGAGACGGUUUCCAAGUCUUGAACCCUGAUCUUUUAGGUUGCAAAGAAGCAACCUCACCAGUGUACUAAGGCUCACCUUCAAAAAGAGGUCUCAUUCUAUCCAUCAUCUGUGAGAGAUUGUCAGAUACUAAGAGGAAGGCUACCGACAUAUUUAUCCUCUAAUGCCAAAUGGUGAUGUGGAGAUAUCUACUGUCUUCUUCCAUGCUUGUUGCCAAUCCAUGCCACACUCUUUGAUUUCUCCGGGGGGUCUCAACGAGUUAAAUGGAAUCAAACAAGCUCAAAAAAAAUUUUGACGACUGCAUCGAUCCAAAUGUAAGGAGGAUGAUGAUGAGGAGGUUCAUCAUCUGUUAUCACUGGUGCGAAUACUCUGUUCGUAUCAUAAAGAUGAUUUUAUUCGCAUGAUGAAUGUAAAGUAUUUCUUAUGAAAGAAUUCUUAUUAUUUGCCAUAGUUGACUAAGCCAAAAAUUACUUAUUUCUUUUGUCUUUAAAGAAGGCAUCAAUAAUAUCU